AUGUGGCUGACGCAGAGCUCCAAGCUCAGGCCACAUGUGGCACAAACUCUCCAGGCCACCUUGUCCACCGAGGAGAGGCUGAAGACAACUGCACCCCUAGGCCACCUGUAUCGCGACCGUCAAGCUAGAGGGACUAAACUUGCAAAUAUGACCGCCCUAUUCAACUUCCAGUCGCUCCUCCUCGUCAUUCUCCUUCUCAUUUGCACAUGCGCAUACGCGCACCAGCUCAUGCCCGCCAUCAUGGACCGGAACAAGGACGGUAUCAUGGGCAUAUUUUGGAAAUUCGCAAGAGUUGGCGAACGGUUAAGUCCAUACAUCAGCUUAUGCUGUGUCGUCAUGGCGGCAAGUCUCUCCCUCCCCCAACUACUCCCCUCUGCGAUUCUAACUGGGUAA